AUGAGGCCACAUGGACUUUCCGUGGUGCCAUCCAUUGUUCAGCCUUCGCCGUUCCUCACUCGUGCCAUCUGCGCCCUUUACUGGAAAGACACUUUUCUCGGCAGCUGCGUGGCCAUCGCCCCGUCCAUUGUGAUGACUGCGGGUCACCACUACAACGCCGUUCGCGACGAUGUCGGCGACUUCAGCGUGCUGACACGGCCAGGGCACUGGGCGGCAGUCGAGUACGCGUCAAAGGAUAGCACGUAUGACGUUGUGGUUUUCUGGCUCUGCGAGGAAGUGACGACGCACACCUCGCUGCGAGGGUAUCUGCCCGCGGUGGGGGCACAGGUGGCGACUGUAUGGUUGUCCCCUAAGCCACCACACGACGCGAUUGUGUCGCCAGGCGUCGUGAUCGAGAGCGAAACGGAGAAGUGCGUGGCACGCGGCACUGUGAGCAUGACCGGAUCGAGCGGUGCGCCUGUAGUGGACGUCUUCGGUGAGCAUAUUGUCGGUCUCCACCUCACGUCCAACAUGCGCGACGGCUCACGUGUGUCUGGGUUCAUACCGUCACGCAAGCUGGUCUCUCUUUUCGCCGAGAUGUGGGUUGAGCACGCUCGUGUCUUGCCGUCCGCAUAG